UAGGACUACAAGAGUGAACAAUUGGGACUACGUACCAUGGUAGGUGGUGCAACGGCUCUGAGCGGGACUCCAUAGCAGCUGUCAUAUCACGAAUGACGGCGCCCACUACGUCAUCUACCGUCAACCCGGUUUAAACAACGAUGAUUUCAUAUUUCCCCUCUACACGCCAUGUUUAUUUACGGUUACUGCUCGCCUCGCUGAACUAAACUCAGUAUCAGUAUCGUCGUCCUUUCAACGCUGUCUUCCCAUAUCAACUCGCGCACUUACAUCUUUUAUACCACUGCCAUUGUCGACCCAACAAUGUCUCUGUACACAGCGACCAACGCGGCGACUAGCGGCCUACAGGGCCGCCCCCCCAAAUUGACUGGCGAUGUGAGAUCCACCGUGCAACAAGGCCACAAGACCGUCAAUAAGACCACCCAGAAUGCCACCGACUCAGUGCUGCCCGGCCAAUUUCCUGGCGAUGAGGACGGAGUCAAGUCGGCCCAGCGCGAUCGCAACAACGAGGGGCCCAUUUUAUCCCCAAUGCGCGAAUGGUAUCGUCGCUGGGUGCCGUCGAUGUUUGACAAGAUGGAGUCGUACCUCAUGGGAUGGCUCUCCUGGCUUCUACCGACGCCACGACAAGCGCGGCUGUACGACGCCGCAGCCAAACGACCGGCUAGCACCACUUUCCUCAUUUGCCAACUGCUCUGCUGCGGAGUACCACUGCUCGUCUUCCUGGCCGGGGUUUUCUUGUUUGCUGCUGUCGCUAUUAUUCUCUGGUGUGUCCUGUCGCUUCUCAUCCUGGGCCCUGUCCUCUUGGUGGCUAGCAUGAUGGGCGUCUCGCUCUGGGGUUGGGGCUGGUUCUUCUACAGUGUCAUCAAGUGGGUCGAUCAGACGUAUCUUGGCGGUAUGCUAUCUCGAUUCUGGAUGUCACGAAGCUCGUCCGAUGACGAGGACGAGGACGAGAAGUCGGGCAAGGAGGAAGGAAAGGAAAUGGAAAAGGGAGGUGAGAAUGAUGGAUGAGUAUGGCAGUUUGGGUAAUAGGACGGUGGAAGAUAUCGGGGCAUGGUCGUUGCUAAGUUAGGAGGUACCAGGAAGACUGAUCUAUCUGUGUAUAUUUCUUUGCAGCUCAUUCAGAUAUUGUAAUUACUGUACUUUUGACGGAUAUCCAUCCAAUUUUCCCAUAUGAACAUUGAAACAUUAUGAGGCAAAAGCAUCC